GACUUUGCCACGAGCGGCUCCUGCGGGGCGGGGCGGGGGCGGGGCCACACGGGGCGUCGCGUCCCUCCGCCCGUGGGCCGGGGGCCGCCGCCAGCGGGGACGGGGCUGCCUCGCGGGGGCGGGGAUCCCCCGGCGGCGGGAGAGGCCGCGGGCUUGUGAUGGAGGGGCGGUCGCCGGGCCCGACCGAGGCGCGCCGCUUGCCCCGGUGGGCGGGGGCCGUGCGCGGGGGCGGGGCCGGGGCCCGGGGGGAGGCGGAGCCGCCCGAAGGGACCGCCGGGCGCCCGGGGCGUGGUCCUCCCCUGCCCCAGGGGGCGCGGGGGCGCUGUGCCCGCAAUGCUGUUCUAUGCCCGCCGUGCCGUGCCCGGACCGCAGGAGCCUGGGAUGGUGUCGCCCCACGGCCUCCCCCUCCUGAGAGCCGCCGGGCGGUGCCGGUGGGAGCCGCGCUGGCGGCAGCUGAGCAGCGGGCGCGGGGGGCACAGCGGAGCCUGGGCGAGACUGCUGGAGCUGCCGGGGUGUGCUGCGGCGGGAGGUUCCUGUGCGUGGGGCCGCCGGGCGGGUCUGGAGCGGCAGGAACGAGCGUGUCGCUCGCUGCCCGUGGUGGAGACUGGGGAGCUCCGGGUCCAGCCUCCCGUCAGACGUGCCCGACUCUGGGGGAACCCUAGCAGAACGGGGAAGUUGUGGAGGCCGCAGGUGUUCAACGCCUCCCAGUCUCCAGACGAAGGCUCUUCGAUUGGGGAGAGAAAAACAAAUGGGGUUAUCAACGUUAGAGCCCAAGUGAGUUCUCCGGGGAGAUGCUGGAAGUGAAUAACGGGGCUGGGAAUUAAACUGGAAAUGAAAACCCUGAUUUAAGUUCUCCCCGUCCAGUGCAGUAGAUCUUCCCCCGCCCCUGCGAAGAAAAUAGCCAUGCAUAAGCUGUAUAUCAUUCCAUAACCCCUUUGUGUGGUUUUUUGAGCUGUGUUUUGACACAUUCUGCACCCCUCUGUUGGGCAUCUCGGUGGAGUGACUGGCCAGCUGUGUCCCAGGCUGUCAGGUUCUUUGAGCCUGCAUAAAUAAUACCUUUCUUCGCUUUUGUUACCGUUCAAAUCCCACCACUGUCAGAAACAGUGCUGCAAAGGAAACGGAGAAGCUUAUGUAUCACUACAGUGGCAGACCCGAGAUGGUGCAGAGCCUAGAGGGUUAAAGCAACAGGAUGAAGUCAGCACAAAGCAGCCUACAAAGACUGGCAAAUAAAUAAAUCAUCCUAAUUACGUUAUUAUUAUGACUUGCCUGAGGUUCAUUGUCUCUUUCUUUUUUACCUGAAUCUCUGUUACAUUUUUCUCCUUGUUCAAGAGAGGUAAUCAAAGGAGACUGUGAGCACUAAAUGGCUCCUGCCCAUUUUGGAUGUUGCUAAAAAUACUACCUUACCUCUCCAUAUCCAGAGGUCAAUUGAAAAAUCAAAAUAAUGAGUUCAGCACCCUCCUCUGCACUGAUGGCUGUAGCUCAGGGAGGCUUCCCCAGGCACUUGGAAAUUGCAUUUCUCGAUACAGCUUUGUAAGACUGGCAGAUGUGUUCUGCACAGUUCUGUCCUCUCCUAGCUCUAAGGCAGAUAAAACUAGCUGUGGUACAGCUAAAGGAGAUGAUGUGUUUAACACAUUACAGUUUGGGUACGUGUCUGUACCUGCUUCUGCUUGUCUCGAGAAAAGGUACCACUGCAGCCCAGCACCAUUACAGUCCUAGACAAGAUGAAAGAGCAGAAAAAUGUUUCAUGAACAAGGGCACAAUGUCUACAUGCAAAGAAAAAACAAACCAAAACAUAAAUCCUGGAAUUGAUGGAGAAUCUGACCAAUUAAAAGAGUUUGAUCAGGCAUGAGAGAGUAGAAGGGAAAAAACAGAGCAGAGUAGGAUAGCAAUAAUUUACAUUACUGUUAAGAGCAGGGAAAAAAAAAAAAACAUGUUUGGGAAGCUUUUCAUGAUAAAACAAAACAAAAAAAUAAUAAAACCAAGUAUGGAUGGUGAUGAGACAGUAUGACCAUAGCUGCCUCUUAGAAAGUGAGAAAUGACUGGUGAAUGCAUGUAUGCUAUCAAUCUGUAAAUGACUACUGAAAAAUGCAUAAAGUGAACACCCAGUGACCUGCAUGGAAGUGACUUUUCCUACAUAACACUUCCCCAGUUUAGAGCUGAUAUUUUCCCCCCGUGGCCAGACACAUGCCAAUUAAUUCUUGAAGUCCUAAAGGGUGGCCAAGGUUUUAAGCAAGGCUGUCCUGGAAGCAAUUUAGUCCAGUUCACUAGGAGUGUUUGUUAAAAAUACACUGCUGUUGCUGUCUCCCUGGACCUGCUGUUAGCCAUCAUCUCUUGGUGUCUGUCCUCAGUAUGGAUAUGUAUUGCUCAUGCACUCACCUAUCAUCCCAGAACUCAAAAUGUGGCAGUGUCCAUUAUACUUACUAAAGUGCAAAAGUGCUUUUGGGGUUUCAUGGUAUGUACAAUUCUGGACUGAAAUAAAAGUGUUACUUCUUGGUUUGUGA